CCUGUAAAGAAAAGUAUAAACUUUAUAUUGCAAAAUAGCAACGCGACAAGAUUUGCCAAAACUGGCAAAAUGCUGAGUCUCGUUGGAAAGGUCACUUCAACUAUUACAUUUCACCUUAUACUACACAAAACACAUAAGCUCCGCACAGGUAUGCAUACAUAUACACAACUGUUCAAAAGUUUAGGGGUCAAUGAGAAAUGUCCAUUUAAAAAAAGAACAAAUGAAAUUUUUAAAACCACAUUAACAACGUCUGUUUUUUAAAUGCUUUUUUAAAAUGUAAUUUACGUGCUAUAUCCAAUCAGUUUAUAACUGUAUUAAGGUUUGCCAAUGUGCUUUAAUCAGUUUAAAAGUGUAUUAAGGCAAAUGUUCCGACAAAUGAUGUUUCCAUUUUAUGUUUCGGUGAGUACAUCUAUAGCUUUCACUAAUGUAACAUUUUGUGUCCAGCAAAUUUGUGCGUGCGUCUUUAGUGCAUGCAUUAUGACUGUAAGCCCCACACAACAUGGCCGCCGCCUCAGCCAAUAUUUCCUAGUGUUUCCGAAAACGUUGCCUUAUCAAGUACUUUGUUACCCCUUUAAAAAAAACAACAGCAGCCUGAAACCAGAAACAUCCUCUGUAAUUUGCUCCAGAAACUGUAAGUAAUUCAAAGUAGUCACUUUUAGGGGGUUGUGAUAGCUGCAAUAUUCCAAUGCAUUCGUUCCUAACAGAAGUCAAAGGCGUUUGUCAGCUUCUUUUAAACCAGUUACACAAUUGCACAGCCUACAAGUUAAACAAGACGUUUCUAUUGUGUUUUCUCAUAAACAUCAAGCCACAUGUACGUUAUCUGAAAAUCUAAUGUGCUAUUUUAUUCUUUGUUAGACUAAAGGGGGAGGGGGGGGGGGGAUAUUUCAGUCAUUUAGGAGUGAAAAUUAAACUAGAACAUUUCAUACAUAUUUUAAAUCCAGUAGUAGUGAGAUUAUCCAAUAUUAGUCAAUUGUUUCGGAGAGUAUGUUUUAAAUGUGUGAAUUUACUCUACCUAAAGUGGUUAAGCACAUCUGGCUCAUUGUUAGAGGUUUCAGGUUCGAAUCUCAGCAUGCGUGGAGUUUGCAUGAACUCGGUCUUUCUUACACAUUGCAAAGACAAUUUCAGUGUGAAUGUUUUUUUUUUUUUUUUUUGGUCUGUAUAUCUCCCGACUCCCCAGGUUAGCAUCGUUCAUGUUGACAAAGAAGCUCCCCCCCUUGGAGAGUUUCCUUUUACUGGUCUCCAGACGCGCCAGUCAUUUUAGCAGACAGCAGUAUGACGUCAUCGUGGUGGGCGGGGGUCACGCGGGCACCGAGGCGGCGGCGGCGGCAUCCCGAGUGGGUGCACAGACGCUGCUGGUCACGCAGAAAGUACAAACCGUCGGUUCCUUGUCGUGCAACCCCUCUCUGGGCGGAGUAGGGAAGGGUCACCUGGUGAAGGAGGUGGAUGCUUUGGACGGCGUGUGCGGGCGAGCGGGAGACUGGGCCGGCAUCCAUUUUUCCAUCUUGAAUCGCAGGAAAGGUCCCGCUGUGUGGGGGCCACGGGCUCAGCUGGACCGCCAACGUUACCGCCAAUUCAUUCAGGUGAAGGGGGGGAAAAAAAUAAAAAAAUAUUUUGAUGAGUCAAUCCAAACUCCACUUUGUCAACGUAUUAUUAUUACGAACGAUUAUCGGUGCAGACGUUCGACACGUAUCGGCAUUGUCCUUUUUCUAUGUUGUGUUUUCUGCUUGCAGUCCGAGCUGCUGUCCACUCCCAGACUGACAGUGCUGGAGGGAUCAGUGGAGGAGCUUCUUUUAACAGAAUCAAACCCGGAAGAGCCCGGACGCCACAGAGUCACUGGAAUACGUUUGGCAGGCGCAAGCCUCUCGAUCUCGGCCCGCUCCGUGGUUCUUACCACCGGUACUUUCCUAUCGGGCUCCCUCUUCAUGGGUCAGAACACAUCCCCCGGGGGACGGAUCGGAGACGCCCCGUCCGGCGCCGGAAUGUCCCACACGCUGAGGGAGCGCCUGGGGCUGAAGAUGGGCCGACUCAGGACGGGUACGCCUCCCAGAAUACUGAAGGCUUCGGUGGACUUUCACGAAGCUACGCUACACCCAUCUGAUAGUCAUCCGACUCCCUUCAGCUUCCUCAAUAGCCACACACACUGCAAGGCUGAGGAACAGCUACCGUGCUACUUGACCUAUACCACACCUGGUGUGGAUAAAGUGGUGAAGGAGAGCCUUCAUCUCAACUGUCACAUACAGCAGGACACGAAGGGCCCCAGGUACUGCCCGUCAAUUGAAGCCCGAGUACUUCGCUUUCCUGGUCGGCAGCAUCAGGUAUGGCUGGAGCCUGAGGGGCUGACCUCUGACCUGGUGUACCCGCAGGGUCUGUCCAUGACCAUGCCCGCUGACAUGCAGCUGCGCCUCAUCAGAGAGAUCCCAGCCUUACACAGAGCUGAAAUCCACACACCCGGCUAUGGCGUGCAGUACGACUUUGUGUGCCCCACUCAGCUGAGCCCUGCACUGCAGGUGAAAAGCACCCAAGGUCUCUUCCUGGCCGGGCAGAUUAACGGGACCACGGGGUAUGAGGAGGCUGCAGCACAGGGCUUGUGGGCGGGGGUCAACGCAGCCCGCACGGCGCUCUCCGUGCCCACAGUGGCGCUGUCUCGGACCGAGAGCUACAUCGGAGUUCUGAUUGAUGACCUAGUGACUCGAGGUGUGACGGAGCCUUACCGGAUGUUCACCAGUCGGGCCGAGUUUCGAACGUCUCUGAGGCCGGACAAUGCUGACCUGCGACUUACCCUGAAAGGCUUUGAGGAAGUGGGGUGCGUGUCCUCCCUGCGCUACCAGCAGACUGUGAGAGUGAGGGAGAGUCUCCAGGAUGCGCUUGCAGCUCUCCACGAAGUCUCUCUGUCUGCCACAAACUGGAGACGUAAACUGCCAGGCGUGCCCAUCAGCGAGACGAAACCCGCCAAUUUGACUGGUUUGGAGAUGCUGCAAUACAACGACGUGUCCUUUGAAGUGGUGGCCUCCGUCUUCCCAGAAUGCCUUUCACCGUACAGAGAAUUCUCCCAAAGGCUGAAGAUAGAAGCUGUGUACAGGCCUCACUGCGUCCUCCAGCAGAAGGAGAUCGAGAGAAUUCAAAAAGAGGAGAGCAUGUCUCUUCCACAGGACUUGGACUAUUUGUCUCUGCCGGUUUCUCUGUCACAGGAGGUCCGGGAGAUUUUGGACAGAAUGCGGCCCAGCACGCUGGGUGCUGCUACACGUUUGCAAGGAAUAACUCCGGCUGCAAUUGUCCACCUUCUCAACUACGUCCGCCACUCGGGGAGAAAGGAGAAAAGGACGCACAGCAACUAGCCAGUCCGGCAGGAGAAGCUGAAUACAAAAAAAAUAACACCUUCAGCCCAAAUGCUGUUCCUAAAAAUUUACAAAAAUAAGUUUUAUUUUAUUCUGAGGGGAAAGGAUUCAAGUUACAGAUGAGAACCCCCUUUUUCCUUUAGUGCAGUCUCGCACAAGUGCACCCUCAGCCAAUGUGUGUAUAGAAUUUCUCUUGGACAAAUAAAGCAAUGCCUUCCUCAAACUUUCAAUAACCAAAACAUCUACGAUCCAGUUCCCUGGUGAGGAAUUCUAAUCCUGUUGGGAAACUGGCUGUAAGCAACGUUGAACUGUAAGUGACCUUAACUGUAAUAAGAAUGAGUCUGUCCAGCUCAGCAGUGCCUCUGGUGAAGACGCCAAUCGAGCAGAGCGCGUCGUCAAGUUGACCCAGUCUCCAGCACAGUUUUGGGGUAAACCGUCAUGUCGGCAAAUGCGACCUCAGUGGUUAGAGCGAUGGUUGACGACAAAGGGCACUGAAAGACACGUCAGAGGGUUUAUUUUCAGAAUGGAAGCAUUGUUUGGGUGGUUAACAGCAGGGUUGCAAAGGGGAUAGAACAUUUAUGGCAAAUUGCCAUGGGAUGUUAAGAUGGGACAGUUUGGAAAUAUAUUCAAAUUGGAAACUUUCUAUGUGAGGUGAGGGUCAUUUAAUGGAAACAUAUCUAAGCAUAAAGAUAUGGGCCAUUCCUCAGAAUCACCUGGAAAUAAAAUGUAUAAAUGAUAGCUAAAUUUAAACAAAUAAAAGGUUAACUAAGUGCCCAGUACAUUUAUCUGAUUGUAUUGUAUUAGAAUUAAUUUCAACUGGAGGGUCAAUAAAGGACUAUAAGAAAGCAAGAUUCAGUCUUAGUAGUUGUUACUAUUGGGGCAGUACUGUUGCCUAAAAUAAUUUUGGGGGGAUAUUUUUGAAAUAAAACAAAAUGUUGAAUCAUUGUAAUGUGCUCAGUGUCAACAUUCCAUUAACAGCAAUGCCAUGUGAUUAUAUUUCACGCAUGUUCUUUAUAAAAAUAAAAUAAAAUCACUGCUGUUACUCACAUGAGUUUCAGAUGAAUAAAACAAUGACGAAAAAAAGACAUUUUUGAUUACUUCAAUACAGGUAUGUGUAUUAUCAGAUUUAGAGUGGGGGAAAAAAAGACCAAAUUUAUGUUUAUUUUGUAAGAGUUACAAGCAAAUUGAACCGCUUCAAUUAAAAAAAAAAAAAGAAAGAAAAGAACAAAAAAUUCCUGGAGUUUCGCAACCUUAGCAAAGAGGGUACUGGCCUACCUGAAACUUUUGACAGUGGAAGAGGUAUUUAACACCCAGGAUGUAACUCUGAGGGAGGUCGAGGAGGCCCAUACGAGCCCACAGCACUUGCACGGAGAGCAAGUGUGGGAGGGUACAGCCCGAGUCACAUGUUUCCUAAGAGGGGAAACCAAUCGGUUAGAUCUUCCAAGAUUAUAGUGAUGAACUUGUCAGAAACGCUAAUAUUUUGUUAGCGGUCACAGGUUAGGUUUUAGAUAAUCCUAUCAGUUCAUCCACUUUUUCCAGGCGACUGGUACCUCCGAGCUGACAGGACACUCCUGCUUGAGGACUGUCGCCCAGUCGGGUUGGGAACCCGAGCUCGUGGCAAUCACGUCAGGAACAGCGGCUCCCUGCAAGAUGCUGUCAAUCUGGGAACGCAGCUCAGCGCAGUUCCUGGAAGGAGAACUUGGAACACACAGAUACGUUCAAGACACUGUAAAGUGACUUCAGGGAUGUGUUUCUAAAUAAAUUGCACGUGUUUGAAGAUAACUGCUGAAAACGUGCAAAGACUGAAAACUAUGUAGUACUGAAUUGUGGAGAUAUAGCGUCAAACAGUUUUUUCACUUCGGGGGGCAUUGCUAAAACUGUGCCAAGUGACGCACUUGUUUUUUUUGGUGCGCUG